AUGUCACCAGAGAACAUUAAGUCACCGGAGAACACCAAGCAACGCUUGGACAAGAUCUCAGAGCGCAAUGCAACAACCUCUCCCCUCCUUCGUCUCCCCGCUGAGAUCAGAAACGAAAUUUUCGCCCUCGCCAUGAGCCAUGGAACUAUUUCCCUAGACUCCAGCCCCUCGACCAAAGAUCGCCAGAUUCUGCAAGAUCGUCACAACAUCCCCCCCUCCUCAGCCCCCCUACUCUUCGUCUGCCGUCAGAUCCACGCCGAGGUUGCCCUACUACCAUACCGACUCAACAAGUUCAUAGUCUCGGGAAAGUAUUUGAGCGCAAUGCGUGAGUUUCUGAAGCGUCGGACGCCGGAACAGCUUGAGCUUAUGCGGGAUGUGAGGUGGAGGUGGCCUACCCAUGGAAGCCCUUCGCGUAUGUUUUCUGGGGAGGGCUGGCUGAAGUGGUUUGAAGAUGCGGAUGAGCAGGCUGGAAUGGUAUUGCGAUAA